AUAUCAGCUUGUGCCCAGCACGCUGACCUACUGGCUGCAGAGCCUGGAAUAUCCUGGUUUCAACAGCAGAAAGAACUUAGGAGAAGCAAAAGAUCCCCCCCUACAGUUCCUGAUCCAUUGUACAGGGAUCAAUGGUUCCUUAAUCAUGGUGCAAAGGAUGGAUCUGAUAUGAAUGUCAAGCCUGCUUGGGAUCUAGGUUUCACAGGGAAGGGUGUAGUUGUUACUAUACUUGAUGACGGUAUCCAGCAUAAUCAUCCGGAUCUUGCACAGAACUAUGAUCCUCUGGCAUCAAAGGAUAUAAAUGAUAAUGAUGAUGAUCCAAUGCCUCAGGAUAAUGGGGAUAAUAAACAUGGAACAAGGUGUGCUGGGGAAGUUGCAGCUGUGGCAUACAAUGAUUAUUGUGGAGUUGGAAUAGCAUAUAAUGCUAGUAUAGGAGGUGUACGUAUGCUGGAUGGUAUGGUGAAUGAUGCUGUGGAAGCAAGAAGCCUAUCCCUUAACCCAUCUCAUAUAGAUAUAUACUCGGCCUCCUGGGGACCUGAGGACGAUGGUAAAACAGUAGAUGGUCCUGGACCACUUGCUAAGCAGGCUUUCAUUAACGGGAUUAACAAGGGACGAGGAGGAAAGGGAUCUCUAUUCGUAUGGGCAAGCGGGAAUGGAGGUCAUCAUAUAGAUAACUGUAACUGUGAUGGAUACACAAACAGUGUAUUCACUCUCUCCAUAUCCUCUGCAACCCAGGGAGGUUUAAAACCUUGGUAUCUUGAGGAGUGUUCUAGUACUCUAGCUACAACAUAUAGUUCUGGAACACCUGGACAAGAUGCAAGUAUUACAACAGUAGAUCAGGAUGCAAGGUUACGUAGAGACCAUUUAUGUACCUCAGCCCAUACAGGAACCUCUGCAUCUGCCCCACUAGCAGCUGCAGUCUGUGCUCUAGCAUUAGAGGCGAAUCCAGAGCUGAACUGGAGAGAUGUGCAGCAUAUUGCUAUUUACACAGCUAAUCCAGAACCUCUUAGACAUGAACCAGGCUGGGAGGUGAAUUCGGUGGGAAGAAAAAGCUUAUUUGGAUAUGGUUUAAUGGAUGCUGAGCAGAUGGUUCGACUAGCUGUGGUUUGGAGAGAAGUACCUCCUCAGCAUAUCUGUGAAACAAGAGUAGAGACACCUAACCAGGUUCUGCCGAAGUCGAAGGGAAUGAAAUUGAACGUGAGUAUGAUAACAGAUGGUUGUGAUAAUAUGCUCAGCAAGGUCCGGUAUCUGGAACAUGUUCAAUGUAGGAUUAGUCUGAAAUAUUUUCCUAGAGGACAUCUCAAGAUAUCUCUCAGGUCGCCUCGUGGAACAGUCUCACAUCUUCUUCUACCCAGACCCAGGGAUACAAUGGCAUCAGGGUUUGAAGAUUGGCCGUUUCUCUCUGUUCAUUUCUGGGGUGAGGACCCAACAGGGGAAUGGACUUUAGAGAUUUCUAAUUCCGAGACGGAGAGUGCCAACUCGGACGGUUUACUCAAGCAUUGGCAAUUAGUGUUGUACGGUACUGUAGAGAAUCCAUGUAAGAAUUUAAAGAAUCUGGGGACUCGGUGCAACAAGCCAGGUCAAACAGAUGAAGUUACAGUUGACAUAAACUCAACAAAUAAUCUACAACAAAAUAAGGUGAGGGAGAGUACUCCGGUGCCCUGUGAUGAAGAAUGCAGGAAAUCAUGCAAAAAUAUCAGAUCAGAUGGAGUUUGUUUAAAUUUCUGCCCUCCAUCUCAUUACCUCUCCCUAGCCAGGCAUACCUUAUCCAGGAUGGGUUUAUCCACCCCUGGAACCUGCAGACCCUGCAGCCCAUCUUGCAAGGAGUGCUUUGGUCCUUCUUCAAGUCAGUGUCUGGCGUGCUCUUCAAGUAUGCUACUAUUGCAGGACAGAGGAGAGUGUACUUUUCAAUGCCCAAAAGGAUAUUAUACUGAUGCUAUAAACAGGACAUGUUUAAUAUGUGACAACUGUGACAGCUGUACACUAGAUGAUGGAACUGUCAAAUGUACAUCCUGUAAACAAGGUAUGGUCCUGCUAGAUGGGGUUUGUACAGCCCACUGUCCCUUUGGGCACUUUACUAACAAGAAUUCAUGUACAGCAUGUCAUCCUAGCUGCGAGACAUGUACAGGAGUAUUGGAUACCCAGUGUGGAAGGUGUGGUGAGGGAACCUACUAUUUUGAAAGGAGGUGUGUCAGCUACUGCCCUCCAGGAUACUUUUCUCAGGAAGCUCUCCGUGAAUGUAUGUCUUGUCCUCAUGGUUGUGAUUCCUGUACUGGAAUAGAUGAUGGAGCUUGCUCCAGGUGUAGAGAUGGAUGGAUUACAACAGAAGCAGGAGAGUGUUUGCCACCAGAAAGUCGAGAAUGUCAGCCAGGAAUGUAUUCUGGUCAAGGAACAUGCCUAGCCUGUCAUAAUAGCUGUAAAACAUGUAUUGGACCCAAGGACCGUGAUUGCUCAUCCUGCUACUCUGAUCAUCGGCUCUAUAUAUCCAGCUGUGUAGAGUUCUGUCCAGUCCGGUCUAAACCAGCUGAAUCGGUCAACUCAUGCCUAGCCUGUCCACAUGCAUGUGCGGGGUGUGAUGAGGCAAAGUGCACAAGUUGUCUUCCAGGUUAUCAUCUUCUUCAAAACGGAGUGUGUGCCACGUCCUGCCCUCUGGGAGAAUAUUCUGAUCAGGAUUCUAUCUGCCGGCCUUGUCAUGUGAACUGUUUGGAUUGUUUUGGUCCAGGUUCAAAUCAUUGUAUCUCAUGUAACACCCAAAAAGGGUUGGUGUAUGCUGGAGGUGAGUGUGGAACUACCUGCCCUCAACACUACUAUCCUUCACACUCAUGUAAAAGCUGUCCAGAUGAAAGUCUUGAAGAAUGUCCUACUUGUCCCCCGGGCCUAGCUGGACUAGUAAACUGUACCAAUUGUGAAACAACAGCUUUAGUGAACUGUACCAGCUGUCACAACAGUUGUGACAGCUGUGCUGGGCCUGGACCUGGGAAUUGCACAGGAUGUUUGCUCGAUGAGGUUUUGCGGGACGGAUACUGUUUAAACUGUGAGAAUGGAUUUUAUCUCUCGGAUACAUCACAGACGUGUUCACCUUGUCAUUCAUCAUGCUCGUCAUGCAGUGGGCCAGAUCCAAACCAGUGCACGUCAUGCUCAGGACCCCUUCAGUAUGACUCAUGGUCUAGCACCUGUGUGCCCUGUUGUAAUGCUCUUCAGGAUAUUGUACCUUGUUGUUUGUGUGGGACCCAGGGUGUGUGUACUUCUCCUACAAGACUUACCAGAAGUUUGGUCAGCUCUGGUUCACUGGGAGGAAUUCUUCUUCUUUUUCUUUGUAUAGUAGGGUUAUCUACUGGAGGCCUGUGGAUGGUGUCUCACUGUAGAACAGAAACAGUUCUUAGAUUAAGACGUCCAAGAUUACGGAGAAGAGAAAUUUACUCAAAAAUCUCUGGGACUCCAGAUACAGAUAAUAGUCCAUUCCUAAGGGAAGAGGAGUCCGAUACGUCAGAGGAGGAAAUAGAAUCAGACUUUCAUAUGGUCAACAGCUGAUUUUCUUUAUGUUUCACAGCUGAUUCCCUUAUGGAAUAGCUGAUAUCUUUUUGGUCAACAACUGAUACCGUUUUGGUUAACAGCUGAUUUUCUGGUGUGGUCAACUGCUAAUUUCCUUGUGGUCAACAGAAGAGCUUAUUUUCUUGUGAUCAUUAGCUGAUUUCCACAGAGUCAACAGCUGAUAUCCUUAUGGUCAACAGCUGAUUUAAUCGUGGUUAACAGGUGCAAUAUCCUUAUGGUCAACAGCUUAUUCCCUUGUGGCUGACAACUGAUUCCCCGAUUGUCAACAGCUUAAUUUCUGAUGGUCAUCAGCUGACCCCUCCAUGGUUAACUGCUGAUUUUUUUGUGGUCAAUAGCUUUCUUAAUCAUGGUCAACAAAUGAUUAUCAUUUGAUGAAUGACUGAUUUCUCCAUUAGGAGAGCUGAAAACUGGAAAGCUGAUUUUCACAAAUAUUGUAUUAUAUGCUGAUUUCAUUUUUAAAAAAAGGAGGACUUUUUCUAAUCUUAAACUGUUGGACAGUUGGAGUGGGGUUUCCCGCCAUUUUACACAUGAAUAGCUGACAAAGGGGAGGAAGGCCAACCACAACAAUCUCUCGUCCAAGCCAUCUCGAAAUCCUCGUCCUUUCAAUAUUAUUUUUU